AUGGCGGUCAAGAUCGGCAUCAACGGAUUUGGGCGAAUCGGUCGCAUGGUCUUCCAGGCCAGCCGUGAUCCGGGAGUACUUUGCCUACCAGAUGAAGUACGCCACGACACGGUGCACGGCCAGUUCAAGCACGACGUGAAGGUCGGUGAGAAGGACGAGCUGAUCGUGAACGGCAACAAGAUCAAGUGCCUGGGCGAGGCUGAUGCGAGCAUCCUUGGUUAUCCUUGGUUCGUGUUGUGCCUGUUCACCGGAAGUCCGUGUGAAGCAGUGGGCAAAGUGCGCACAAGGUGCAUCCAGGCCAGCCGCGAGGGCCCCAAGGCCCUGCCUUGGAAGGACAUGGGCGUCAAGUACGUCAUCGAGUCCACCGGCCUCUUUGUGGAGUACGAGUGGCUGGGCUCUGUAGUUCUGGGCAGUAGAGGCAGGAAGGCCGCAGGCCACAUUGAGGCAGGCGCCGAGAAGGUCAUCAUCUCCGCCCCCGGCAAAGGCAACCUGAGCCUUGCCAGCUCAGAGAAGCGCAGGGGCUUUGCAGUAGGGAAGACGCUGGUCAUGGGCGUGAACCACACCGAGUAUGACAAGGCCGCCUGUGCAGUCCGCACUCGUCCGGGCUUGCUGUCGUGGGAGCGGCUUGCAACUUUCUAUUCAAUGAGUGCGCUGUUCUGUUUGUCGGGCCUCUCGACAUGUCGUGGGCGUGUCGUGGGCAUGUCGUGGCCGUGUCGUGGGCGUGUCGUUGUUCUGGGGCCCUGUCGCGUGCAUGUCGUGGCCGUGUCGUGGCCGUGUCGUGGCCGUGUCGCGGCCGUGUCGCGGGGGGCCUGGCACUUUGCCACGGGGCUGCGUCAUGGGCGUGUCGUGGGCAUGUCGUGGCCGUGUCGUGGCCGUGUCGUUGCUCUGGGGCCGCGUCGUGGGAAUGUCGUGGCCGUGUCGUGGCCGUCUAGUGCUCGCGUCGUGGUCGCCAACCACCACGUGGUGAGCAACGCCUCCUGCACCACGAACUGCCUGGCCCCGAUCUGCCACGUGCUCCUCAAGGAGGGCGUCGGCAUCGAGAAGGGACUGAUGACCACCAUCCAUGCCUACACCGCCACUCAGAAGACCGUCGAUGGCGUGUCUGCCAAGGAUUGGCGAGGAGGUCGUGCAGCCGCAUGCAACAUCAUUCCUUCCGCGACCGGGGCCGCCAAGGCUGUGGGCGAGGUGCUGCCCGUCACCAAGGGCAAGCUCACAGGUAUGGCUUUCCGAGUGCCCACGCCAGACGUCUCCGUGGUGGACCUCACCUUCACCGCUGAGAAGGACACGUCGAUCGAGGAGAUCGACAAGCUCCUGAAGGCAGCCACCGAGAGCUACAUGAAGGGCGUGCUGUCCUACACGGAUGAGGAGUUGGUGUCCAUGGACUUCGUUCACAACAAGAACUCUUCCAUCUACGACUCCAAGGCCACCCUGCAGAACAACCUCCCGGGCGAGAAGCGAUUCUUCAAGGUCGUGUCCUGGUACGACAACGAGUGGGGCUACUCCAACAGGGUUGUGGACCUUCUGACGCACAUGAUCAGCGCGUAG